CUCCCCAGACAGGGGUAGCGCGAGGCCCGGCACUGCCUUCCUGUGUGGUUUUGCUGCCCAGAGCGCCAUGGAUCUGGGGAAACCAAUGAAAAGCGUGCUGGCGGUGGCUCUCCUUGUCGUUUUCCAGGUGUGCCUGUGCCAAGAUGAGGUCACGGAUGAUUACAUCGAAGACAACACCACGGUGGACUACACCUUGUACGAGUCUUUGUGCUUCAAGAAGGAUGUGCGGAACUUUAAAGCCUGGUUCCUCCCAGUCAUGUAUUCAGUCAUUUGCUUCGUGGGCUUGCUGGGCAAUGGGCUGGUCGUGUUGACCUAUAUCUAUUUCAAAAGGCUUAAGACCAUGACUGACACCUACCUGCUCAACCUGGCCAUGGCAGACAUCCUCUUCCUCCUGACCCUUCCCUUCUGGGCCUAUAGUGCAGCCAAGUCCUGGGUCUUUGGUGUCCACUUUUGCAAACUCAUCUUUGGCAUCUACAAGAUGAGCUUCUUCAGCGGCAUGCUGCUACUCCUGUGCAUCAGCAUCGACCGCUACGUGGCCAUCGUCCAGGCCGUCUCGGCUCACCGCCACCGCGCCCGCGUCCUCCUCAUCAGCAAGCUCUCCUGCGUGGGCAUCUGGAUGCUGGCCAUGGUGCUGUCCACCCCCGAGCUGCUGUACAGCGGCAUCCAGAGGAGCAACAGCGAGCAGACGUUGCGAUGCUCUCUCAUCAGCGAGCACAUGGAGGCCUAUAUCACCAUCCCGGUGGCCCAGAUGGUCAUAGGCUUUCUGGUCCCCCUGCUGGCCAUGAGCUUCUGCUACCUUGUCAUCAUCCUCACCCUGCUCCAGGCACGCAACUUUGAGCGCAACAAGGCCAUCAAGGUGAUCAUCGCCGUGGUUAUGGUCUUCAUAGUCUUCCAGCUGCCCUACAACGGGGUGGUCCUGGUCCGGACGGUGGCCAGCUUCAACAUCACCAGCAGCAACUGUGAGGUCAGCAAGCAGCUCGACAUCGCCUACGACGUCACCUACAGCUUGGCCUGCGUCCGCUGCUGCGUCAACCCUUUCUUGUACGCCUUCAUCGGCGUCAAGUUCCGCAACGACCUCUUCAAGCUCUUCAAGGACUUGGGCUGCCUCAGCCAGGAGCGGCUCAGGCAGUGGUCUUCCUGCCGGCACAUCCGGCGUUCCUCGAUGAGUGUGGAGGCCGAGACCACAACCACCUUCUCCCCAUAGGCAGCUCUUCUGUCUGGACUAGAGGGACCUCUCCCAGACCCCCUGGGGUGGGGACAGGGAGCAGAUGCAGUGACUCAGGACCCCCCGAGAAGACAGCUGCUGGGGGAAAAGCAGCUCUGACCUCAGAGUGGAAACCUGUGCCCCAGAAGACGCUUAACCCCAACCCUAGCUACCUCAACUAAGGUCGAAAAGAAAUGUGGCUGAUAAGCUAACAUCAGAACCAGCAACACCCCAAAACCGAAGCUGUUGUCCCCUAAACCAAAAACCCAAAGUGAAAGUCAAGAAACCAUUCACACCUGCUGGAGUGAAGGGGACGAGAUGGGUGAGUGCUUGGUUAGGAAGAGGGCUGGCGAGUCCUCUGAAUGAAGUUUCUUCCGACCUAGAAAAAAGUCAUCCCAGAGACUCAAGAGCUCAGGCCAGGUCUUUCAGAAAACCAGGCUUUGUCUCCAAGACCAGAGAUUGUGAAGAGACGUCUUGGCUUGGUGACAAAAGGGGGACAUCUGCAAGUCAGACUGACUCUAUCUGACCCCCUCCCUCCAUCUCUUUCCGCUGGCCUCC